AUGGAGUUUUCAAGUACUGAAGAUGAGUCUAAUGCCUUGUUUGAGGUUGUAAAGGGUGCUGAGCCUGGUAAAACUCAGCCAAGCUACCCCUUACUGGCUAUCUGUACUUUGGCUUAUCAUUUGCGACAGACUAAGAUUGAGCUAGCAGGAAUGAAGUUUCAAAGAAAGAAACAUGCAUCAGCAUACAACGUAUACAUCCGGGAAAAAGAAAAACUCGGAGGGGUAGUUGCGGGCCAUCUACCUAUCUUUGUUGCCUUAGUUGUCCAGGGAGUUCUUGCUAGGAUUGUUUAUUCAAUUCAGACUCGCCCGCCCUUUCGGGUAGAUACAUGUUUGGAGAUUGUGAUGGGUGAAAACGUAAUUAGUGAGGGAGAAAGAGGCCGCAAUGGGAUUGUGGUUAGUGUAGAUAGUUAUGGUGAAAUAGUGAACCAUUCCUUGUUUAUUACCGAACAAAUAGCUAGUGUGCUGAACUCUUUAUUUAUAGCUGGAUUUAGCAGUGAAGAUACUGAAAGUCCAUUUCAAAAGCACGAUCUAAAAUUUGCCACAACAUUACCAGCCACUAAAAAAGAAGGCCUACUACACCCACUUUACCGCAUAGAUAGUCAAAAUCGGCGAGAAUUAGUCUACCCCAAAGGCAUAGGUUGGGUUGGCCAUAUCAAGGACCGCAGUACCAAGCCAACCCAAAAGUCCAAGGCCCAAAAAUCCCGUGAACUUCGCAUCUACCCCAUUUCACACAUCCAUCGUCUGCUGAGUCUUCCCGAGAUAUACCGAAAGAAUCUAAGAGUCCCACCAGACACUCUUCCUUUUCGCAUUCUACCACCCACGCGCAAACAUCCAAAUGGAAUUAGUCUCUACGCGCCUUGGCAAAUUGAGCCCAAUACUAACACAAACCCAACUAAGCAUCUACUUACUCUAGCAGAUAUUCCUAAAGACUCCGUCUAUCUAAUUGAAACCGACUACAUCACCUACCAAGGUAUAAACAUUGGCCAUACUCCAUUUAUUGGCUACGAAUACUCGUACCAGUCUCAGCAGGCCCUACCUAUUCAUCGCGGCCUUCUACUUACCCAGCAAGAAUUCACUACCCACCAUAACACCAUUAUUCGCCAGGUCCUUCGCAAUAUCAUCCACCACGAAGUCACUACCAACCAAGCCCUUCUUAUCAACAUGCAAAUCUUAACCCAAGAUGCUCUCCAUUAUCUUGAUGUACUCGAUAGUCUCUAA